AAAAUAUGAAAAACCUACAGAUUGGAAGUGUAAAAACUUUUGAAAAUCCAGAGAUCGCAGGUGCGGACGAUUUCGCAGUUCAUCCCAUUCUUCAAACGAUUGCUGUUUCAACGAAAAAUGAGCUUUUGCUGCUAGAAAACAAUUUGAUCAGCAGCACAAUCAAAUGGGCCGAGCAACGCCGUGAAUUGGAAGUGAUUUCCUUGUCGUUUCGAACCGAUGGAAAUCAAAUAGUGGUGAUACUUGCUGACGGACGUGCUUUGAUCGUUGAAGAUGGGGAAGUAAUGGAUCUAGAAAUAGCCGAACUGACCGACACAACUGUUUCAGCAGCCGAAUGGACCGCCGAUGAGCAAACACUUGCUCUUGCUGAUAAUCAAACCCUUUAUCUUGCAGAUUCUUCUCUUGUUCCUUUUGCAGAAAGACCACUCAUCUUCUCGGAAAAUGAAAGAAAAUCUGCACCAGUUAAUGUUGGUUGGGGCUCUGAGAGCACACAAUUCAGAGGAUCCGCCGGCAAACUUAAGCCAGGAGAGAAAAUAGAAAAAGAAAAGGAACAAAUCGAGCAACAUUCAAGAAAAACGUCAGUGCAUUGGAGAUGGGACGGUGAAAUUGUCGCCGUUUCCUUCUAUUCAAGUCAAAAUGACACACGAAAUUUAACGGUUUUCGAUAGAAAUGGAGAAAUUCUGAACAACAUGAACAUUCGAAAUAUCUACCUCUCCCAUUGCUUUGCACACAAGCCAAAUGCGAAUCUUUUGUGUUCAGCUAUCCAGGAGAACGGCUCCGAUGAUCGAAUUGUAAUCUAUGAAAGAAAUGGUGAAACAAGAAAUAGCUAUGUCGUCAAAUGGCCGGCAAACCAGAUUGAAGAUAGAAGAAUUAUCGAGAAAAUUGAAUGGAAUUCCACUGGAACCAUUCUGUCAAUGCAGACUUCUCUGGGAAAGAAGCAUCAACUUGAAUUCUGGCAUCUCUCCAAUUACGAAUUUACCAGAAAAUGUUAUUGGAAGUUCUCGGAAUCAAUAAUUUGGAAGUGGAGUACUGUAGAAUGCCAAAAUAUUGAAGUUCUUCUGGAAUCUGGUCAAUUCUUCUCAGUUCAUAUCACACCUACUGCUUCAUUCUCUGACGUUAUAUCACAAAACGUUGUCGUUGCAACUGAUGAACUUCGGAUGUAUUCAUUGUGUCGGAGAGUUGUGCCUCCACCAAUGUGUGAUUAUUCAAUUCAAUGUCUAUCUGAUAUUGUCGCUUAUACAACGUCAACUCAUCACGUUCAUGUUAUCACAUCGGAUUGGAAAAUCAUUUCAUUCAGCCAAGACACAGAUGGAUACAAAUUCAACAGCGACCGUGCUUCAAUUGAUGAAGUACUACACACUGAGGUUACGGAAGGGAUUAUCUGUGGAUUUGUGUACGAUGAGCCAUCAGAAUCAUACAUUAUUUGGAACGUUAGCCACGGAAAACAUCAAAUCAGUCGAGUUGGUGCUAAUCCAGAAAAAAUCUUCGAAGGAGAAAAUAUUGGGUGGAUUGGAGUAAAUCCCUCAAACAAGCACGUUGAAAUUGCAUCAAACGAUGGAAAGUUUAUUGACUUGAAUACAAAAGAAGAAUUGUUCAAAAUUGACAAGUUCGAGUCUACCGAAGUGCAUUUUAUACAGAACCAUCACGUGAUUCAAGUGGACAACUCGAUGCUUUUCCUCGAUUCGGAGCGUGUUUCCCAAGACGCUAUUUCAAUUUUAACUCGAGGCUCCGAUAUUCUUCUGAUCGAUUUCGAUAAUAAACUGAGAUUCAUUGAUGCUGAAUCAGGCAAAACUUUAGAAGACGUUCGUAACGUUGAAGCAGGCUGUGAACUUGUUGCAUGUGAUUCUCAAUCAGCGAAUGUUAUCCUACAAGCUGCUCGCGGAAAUUUGGAAACUAUUCAACCACGUCGCUAUGUUAUGGCUCACACUCGUGACUUGCUCGAUCGAAAAGAAUACAUUGCCUCAUUCAAGUGGAUGAAAAAACACAGAGUUGACAUGUCAUUUGCGAUGAAAUAUAAGGGAGACGAUUUGGAAGAUGACAUACCAAUUUGGUUGAAAACUUCAAAUGAUUCACAAUUCCUUGAACAACUUCUUAUCAGUUGUACUGAAGUUUUCGAGGAUGCAGGAUCAUCUCUCUGUAUGACAGUUGCACGAUAUGUCAGAGAUUUGUCGGAUGCAGAAAAGACAAAGAUGUUCCCACUGUUGCUUACUGCUCUGUUACGAUCGAAACCAUCGAAAGUUAACGAUUGUUUGAAAGAAGUUCAAGAGCAUGUUGAGAAAAUUGCUGAUCGUAAGGAUGUCUUCACUCGAAACAGUCUACAUCACAUCUCAUUCUUUGUGCCGGCUAAAGAGCUCUUCAACUGUGCUCUAUCCACAUACGAUUUGAAGCUUGCUCAGCAAGUUGCAGAAGCUUCAAAUUACGAUCCAAAAGAAUAUCUACCAGUUCUAAACAAGCUUAAUCGAGUUAUGUGCACACUUGAACGACAAUACCGUAUUAAUGUUGUACGAGAAGCUUGGAUUGAUGCAGUUUCCUCAUUGUUUCUGUUGGAUUCAAGUAAAGAAAGAGGUUCAGAAGAGACAUGGUGGAAUGAUAUUGAAGAUAUAAUUCAAAGGGAAAAACUAUAUCAAGAUGCACUGACCCUUGUUAAGCCAGGAGAUCGAAGAUAUAAGCAAUGUUGUGAGCUGUACGCUGCUGAAUUGGAACGAAAAGUUCAUUGGAGAGAAGCUGCGUUGUUUUACGAACUUUCUGGAAACUCGGAGAAAACUCUGAAAUGCUGGGAAAUGUCACGAGAUGUUGAUGGUCUUGCCGCAUCAGCUCGUCGACUUGCAGUUGAUGCUGGAAAGUUGAAGAUUCAUGCAAUUAAAAUGAGUACAACUCUUCGAGAAGCACGACAGCCGAAGGAAUUGGCGAAGGCUCUGAAAUUGGCCGGUUCGUCGAGCACUCAAAUUGUACAUGUUCUCUGUGAUGCGUUUGAAUGGUUAGACGCGAGUCGAGAAGUUGAAGUAGGAAAAGAGGAAGCGCUGAAAAAGGCUGCAUUGAGCAGAAAUGAUCAAGUUUUGAUGGAUUUAGAACGAAGAAAAACUGAAUUCGAGAACUACAAAAAGAGAUUGGCUGUAGUUCGAGAGAACAAGUUGAAGAGAGUUGAACAGUUUGCAGCUGGAGAAGUUGACGAUUUGAGAGAUGAUAUUUCAGUUAUUUCCAGUAUAAGUUCAAGAUCAGGAUCAUCGAAAGUUUCGAUGGCGUCGACUGUUAGAAGGCGGAAGCAAAUUGAAAAGAAAAAAAGUUCACUGAAAGAAGGUGGUGAAUACGAAGAUUCAGCAUUGCUCAACGUGCUUUCGGAGAAUUAUCGAUGGUUAGAGAAUAUUGGAAAUGAGCUAUCCCAAUUGAUUCUAGUUUUGAUAACAGUUGGAAACUUCCCAGAAUCUCUUAAAUUGAGAAGCGCUUAUGAUGAAUUUGCCACGAAGCUUCAGAAAAGCAAAGCUGCAAUCUGGCCUGAAAGCCUGUCGGUUCAGCAUCUUCCAGGACCACUUCAUGCACUGUUUGACCCAAACCAAGAGCCGUCGCCUAUCCCAAUGCCUCCCAUAUUCCGGCUUGAACCUGAACUUGUCGCUCCUACAUCUUCAUUUGCUUCAGUUUUCCCAUAAAUUGUUGAUUUUGUUUUCUUGUAUUGUUCUGUUGUUAACCGUUCUCUUGUUAUUGGUAACUAAAGUUUUUAUUCACA